AAAUAUAUAAACCCUUUAGUCUCUCAUCACUUAUUCUCCUCUCUCUCUGGUGCAAGUGUAGUUUGCAUCACCUAGCUAGUUAGCGCCACUAUAUAACACCACCAAAAACCACCAUGGAUCAAAACCAAAACACAUCAUCACGAGAAAGUAAAGAGAAAAGAUCCAAGUUCUUCAUCAACGACCACAUUGACAUCCUCGUCGAAAUCCUCAAACGCCUCGAUGGCCCCUCCCUUGGCGUCGCCGCCUGCGUCUGCCGCCUCUGGUCCACCGUCGCCCGCAACGACUCCCUCUGGGAGCAUCUAUGCUUCCGCCACGUCUCAUCUCCCCCUUCUUCCUCCGUGAAACCCGUCGUCGUUGCCCUCGGCGGCUACAAGAGGCUCUACAGGGUCUGCGUCCGCCCUGUUCUGAGUCGACUCAGCGACUCGGACAUGGUCAGAAGAGUCUGGACUCGGGACGAGGUUCAGCUCUCUCUGUCUCUGUUCUGCGUUGAUUACUACGAGAGAAGCGGGAGGCUCAGCGGCGGAGGUGGCGGGGAUGCGUCCGCAUCUUCUCUCAUGUUCCUCUGCAACACCGUGAAUGUGUGAUUCGUUGACUUUAGAGCACUUUUGACUGUAGUGGGUCCCGGUGAGAGUAACAAUAGUAUACAUAUCGAUUUUAUUUAUAAAAAAAAUGAUGAUUUUUUAUAUUUUUACUACUAGGGUUACUAAAUAAUUGUGACGAUUUAUUAUUUUGGAAGGGAAAAAGGUAAGAAGGUAGAACCAACUUAUUUAGUUUAUUUUAUUUUUUAAUUCUUAAUUUUUGGCAUCGGUAGUACCUAAUUCCUAUGUUUAAUAAUAAGUUUCUUGUAAUUUUAUUAUAA